AUGCCUAACCAUACCUCAGUGAAUGAGUUCCUUCUUCUUGGACUAACAGACACCCAGGAAGUAGAACCUUUCCUCUUUGCAGUUUUUCUCAGCAUCUACAUCCUCAUCCUUAUUGGGAAUGGUGCCAUCCUGGUGGUUGUCAUCUCUGAGCCUCAACUCCAUUCCCCCAUGUAUUUCUUCUUGGGUAAUCUCUCCUGUCUGGACAUCUGCUACUCCACAGUAACAUUGCCCAAAAUGCUAGAUGACUUCCUCUCCACUCACAAGACCAUCUCCUUUGUGGGCUGUAUUACUCAGCUCCACUUCUUCCAUUUCCUUGGUAGCACAGAGGCCAUCCUUCUGGGUGUCAUGGCCUUUGAUCGCUUUGUGGCCAUCUGUAAUCCACUCCGCUAUACAAUUCUUAUGAAGCACCAAGUGUGCCUCUGCUUGGCUGCUGUAACCUGGAUCACUGGUUUCUUCCAUGCCUUGCUCCAUUCUGUUAUGACUUCCCAUUUGACAUUCUGCAAAUCCAAUCACAUCCACCACUUCUUCUGUGACAUCAAGCCACUACUGGAUCUGGCUUGUGGGAAUACGGAGCUCAACCACUGGAUGCUCGAAACAGUCACUGGCACCAUUGCCAUCAGCCCCUUCUUCCUUAUACUCCUCUCCUACUUCUACAUUAUCAGUUUUCUCCUUUUCAAGAGUUGGUCCUGUAGUAUGCUUCAGAAGGCAUUGUCCACCUGUACUUCCCACUUUAUAGUGGUCAUUUUUUUCUAUGUACCUGUUGUUUUCAUCUAUAUUCGUCCCACCUCAGGCAACUCCAUGGAUCGGGACCAAAUAGUGGCCAUCAUGUACAGUGUGGUCACUCCAGUUCUGAAUCCACUGGUCUAUACCUUGAGGAACAAGGAUGUGAAGGGGGCACUGAGCAAAGCCAUUAGAAAGAAACUGCAGCCUGAACACCUUUGA